AUGGGUCAGGGCAAGAGGGGCCUUCAUUGCUACUCGCAGGUUGUGAGGGUUGGCGCCAUUAGCUUCGCCGUGGUUGCGAGUGCUGCAGACCAGAUGAACAAGGCAGAUGCGGGCUCAGCGUCUCAGAAAGACUUGAUCCAGCGCGUCCGGAGCAUGGUGGCAGAGGGGGCCGAUCCGGAGUCGGCGCAGCAGCAAAUCGUCGAGGAGCUCGUCCAUCAAUCGCAGGACGAGGUGCGCCGGCGAGUGGUGGAGAUCUUUGGGCCCAUGCGUCUGGAGGCUGAAGGGGAGCUCUACAAUCGACAGCUCGCUGUGGCACAUGAGCUCGAAGCCUUGGAGGCCAAGGUCAUCGCGUUGCGUGGGGGCACCUACUGUGAGGAGGCAAAAAUGCUGGGCUUCGAUUUUGGGCUCUCAGCGCAGGUCCGACAGAAUCUACGUGCAAUGCCCGGCGUCCGCCGCACCACCUCCGGCAGCAGUGGCAGUCUGCCCAUGCGAUUCAACAGCUCCCUGUCGCAGCGGGACUCCGAGCCUGGCUCCUCUGACGUGCCACGGAACGGCUCCCAGACGCUGGUGGCAUUGUCCAAUGGCACGGCGGCAGUCCCAGGUGGCUAUGGGGGGAGCCCGCGAGGCGCCUCGAAGCCUGACUUGGGUUUCGUUAUUUCGCCACGGUCUGCCUCACCAAAGGAGCUUAUGGGGCCCGGAGCCGCGCAGGUGGGCGACAGCUCGCCACUGAGGCGUCUGCAAGCAGGCCAGCGCGUGGUGCUGCCGAACGGCUUGGUGGCCAUGGCGAUGCCAGCCUCCGGAGGCGUGACCCCCGGGGUGCCUCAGGUGGUGUCUCCGGGAUCCGUCACGCCGGGGGUGCCGCCGUCGCCGAGCCGGUCCCAAGUCCUAGGACCGGUGGACGGGUCGCCCUCGAGACCGCAGCUCCGGACCAUGAACAGCAUGCCAGUGGAUGGGUCGCCCUCAAGGCCUCAGCUCCGGCCGAUGAACAGCAUGCCCUUGCAGGGGGAACUGACCCCGUCCCAGCGGCUGCAGCUUGCCGGCUUGCAGGCUGACAGUUCACCUUCGCGGCGGCUUCAGACCAUGAACAGCAUGACAAGUCAGCCUGGCGACAUGCUCUCGUCGCUGCCACUGGAUGUCGAGUCGCCACGCAGGCAGUCCAUGGGCAGCACGACAAGCCAGAAUGUCGAGUCGCCACGGAGGCAGUCCAUGGGCAGCACGACAAGCCAGAACGCGGAGUCGCCACGGCGGGCACAGCUCCAGUCGAUGGCCAGCAUGACGACCCAGAACGUGGAUUCCCCACGCCGUCAGCUGCAGAGCAUGGGCAGCAUGACGAGUCAGGGCGCUGACUCGCCACGAAGACAGGCGCAGUCAAUGGCCAGCAUGAGUACCCAAUGCCAAGCGGAAGUCCCGCGCGAUGACGUCCAGCAGACCGUCAGCAUACAAACAGCUGCGAGCGCGGAGGUCACGCCUCAGCCGUCCGACCGAACAGCCGAAUCUGAGGUGCCACUGUCGCUCACGGAGCGCCUUCAGAGCUUGAAGGAGAAGUCCAAGGCCGAUGCGGAGGCUGCAAAGAGUUCAACAGAGGAGAAGCCAACGCUGGCACGCGACGCGGCGAGGCACCUGGUGCAAAGCCAGCCGGUCCUCAUGACGACACCCUCCACAACAUCGAUCCGCAGCGUCGGACCUGUAACCACACCCGGAAUGCCUCGGCCAGUCGUGGCCCAGAUGGGUUCCAUGACGCUGCCGGCCACGGUUCCCAUGCCCGUGUCUGGGGUGCGGUGUUGCCUUGAGCGUGAGGCCGAUGGCCCCUAUCCAGGCCGCCCGCCCAUUCGUCCCACAGAUGCAGGCGCCCGGCGUGGUGUACCCGAUGUCCCCACGGCUCCAAGGGCCGGGUCCAGUGGUGAUGCGGCCGAUGAUGCCGCAGCCGACGAUGCCAAUGCCCUUGUAGUUCAUCAGGGCCCUUCUUGCGGGGCCAAGGAUCCGGGAGCCGCAGUACAUUGCGGAGACAUCCUCGGGGCGCACUGA